UCUAUUACUAAACGUCAUUCUGGUUGUCAAAGUUUGUUUUUACUUUUUUCCUUAACAAAUUUUCAAUAAUGAGUAAGGAUAUAAUUUGAAACUAUACAACUUCCAUUGUACACUAUAGACCAUCUCUAGAAAAAUGCAAGUCGAUGAAUUUCCCGAUAUCGACCCAAACGAAGACCUCACGAAGAUACUGCCAAUCCAACAGAAACGUACCAUAGCGUUCGUAAAUCAUUUCAUAAUGGAUACGGUGUCGCACUUGAAUAAAUUCGCCCAGUCUUGUGAGUCUCGGUUUAUGCAGUUCGAAUACAAAGUGCAGAAAAUCGAGGCCUCCUUACUUAUACUCGAAUCACAACUCUCUUCCAUUUCCGGACUGGACAACUCGCAAAACUCAUUCGUCCAAAACAAUUCCUCCGAAGCGUCCGAACUAGAACUACCAGAAGUAACAGAGAAGGCUGAAGAGAAACCUUCAGAUGGAGCAAGUGAAGCUGCGAAAGAGGCAGACGUUCCUAUAACAGAUGUGGUGAGGGCCAAGGAAGACCCGAGGUUUAGGAAGUUCUUCAAAAUGGUACAGUUUGGCGUGCCGCCUCCUGCUGUGAAAUUGAAGAUGCAGAACGAGGGAUAUGAUCCCAACAUUUUGGACACUCCCGAAGCCGUGAUACCUGGAUUCAGAGAAGACUUGUUGAAAAACGAAUCGGAUGAGAAAUCCGAGUGACUGCGUGCUUUGCUCUUGUUGAUAAAUAAAAUGUUAUUUAGGAAAUAUACAUAUUUUGAUGUUCA